AUGAAAGGCUUACUAAUAUACACAUUCAUUUUUCUUUUAAAACAAUUGAGUGUUCAUUCAGAAGAAUAUGUUUGCGAUUUUAGAGCAAAAAAUUAUUUAUAUGACAAUAAGGAUAUGUCAUAUUGUACUAUUAAUGCAAAACCAUUUGAUAAAAUUACAUAUGUAUGCCCAAAUAAAAUAGGAGCACAAUGUUUUCAUAAUGUAAAUACAUCAAAUAAUAUCGAAACCAGUUUGGAAUCUUCCAAAAUCCACAUAAAUUACUUAUUAUAUGGAUCGACAAUAUAUAAAGAUACUCUUAUUGUCCCUCCAACAGUUACACAAAGUGUUACAUUCUAUUGCUUUUGUAGUUUAGAAACUGAUAUUUCAGACAAAAACUUGAAGCCACAAAAAUUUGAAGGAAUUGGUAAUCAUAAUGGAAAUAUAACAUUAGGAGAAAAAGUAAAGCUCGAAACUCCUAUAUCAAGAGCUUUAUUUAAACUAACUAAAUAUAAAGAUUUAAUGGAGCAAGGAGUCGAAGAAGAUGACGAUGAUACUAUAAUUGAAGUGGAACCUGAACCUGAGCCUGAACCUGAGCCUGAACCUGAGGCCAAACCUGAGGCUACUAAAGUAAAACCUAAAAUUGUUAAAGUCAAAUAUAAGACAAUUAAAGGAACAGCUGGAACUAAUAAAGGAACAAGUGAGACUGCUAAAGCCAAAACUGAGACUACUAAAGCCAAACCUGAGACUACUAAAACCGAACCUGAAGCUGCUAAAGCCGAAUCUGAGGCUGCUAAAGUCGAACCUGUUAAAAAAAAAAAAUAUGGUGUAAUGAAAGUUACAGUUCAAAAAACUUAUAAUGUAAUAAAAGGAUGUGACUUUGGUAGCGAUUCUACUAAAUAUUUUACUAACCCAUUGGCAAAUAGCAAAAAUUCAAAUACUAAAUUGUGCCAAAUAAAUGCAAAACCUGGAGAAACUAUUGGAUUUAAAUGUAUACAAGAGACAAAUGGAUAUGUAGAACCUUCUGAUUGUUUCGAUAAUGUGUAUGUCAAAGAUUAUAAAACAAGUUUAAAAACUAUUAUUCCAGGAUAUACAUCGUAUUCAAGUAAAGCUGGUUCUACAACUGCUUUUUACUUAAAAUUGCCUCAUUUAAUAACCAAACCAUACACAUUUAACUGUAAAUGUAGAUCAUAUAAUCACAAUAAUGAUUCUUACACUUUUCAAGUAAAUGUAGAAUCAGGAGAAAGUGAUUUAAUUAAAAACUCUUUUAAUUGA